GAAAGAGCGGCAGGGGCGAAUGCAGGAGAGGGAGCAGCAGGGGCAGGCGCAGCAGGAGGGUAGGUUUGAGGGUUCUGGGAGUGGAAAGCCAGAAUGUCCUAAACAGUAGCUUUGGUGAGGCUUACUAAGCAUGUUGCGUCCGAGUUUAGGGGCGGUUGGAGGGUUGGGUGCGUUGGGUGGCUGGCGCCGACUGGAGUCCAGUUGACAACUGAUGAGGUACUUGAUGUAUUGCUGGGGUCGUUAGUUCGUUGGGAAGUUAUUGUACAAGUAUGAAUGGGCCCGAUUUUGCAGCGCGAGCGAGUGUUGAGUGGGAUUGUACGGUGGGGAGAGUGUACUGGUGUGUUGCUGGGUUGGGCGGCCGACGGAAGCAGGCGUGCAAGAGGUGUCUGACGGUGAUCCCAAUACCCGAAGAAUGCGUCAACAGGUGUGCAGGUCAGGUCUGAAAGACAUAUGCAGCUUUGUCGCGGUGAAGGGUUGCAUCCUAGCAGAUGUGGGCAAAGGAAAGUCCUGGGGGUGUUGCUCGCAGCAAGAAACCCUUUCGCUUUAGCAAACCCGCGUCGUCAUGGAGUGCGGCCUUUUCACUUUCAUAAAUGCUAUUGACCUUCAAGCUGACCCUAAAUAGGAGCAGCUAUUAUGAGCACAGCUUGGGUAAGCAGCGAGGCUGAGUCACAAGCCGUUCACGACGAAGCUUCCUCUCUUCUCAGACGGCCUGCACCAUUAGAAUGUGAGGCAGAACAGCUAUCGCAACGCAUCCAGCCGCGUUGGCGUCGGUUUGCAGAUGCCAUCCGGAGCACUGUUUCACCCGAAGCACUGACCCGCCGGUGUCAGCCGCUCUGCGCGAAAUACAAAAUAUCUUUACUUAUUCUUGGGGGUCUGUCGCUGACCGCUGGGUUCUAUGCGCUGGUGGCUGGCACAUGGUCAAACGCAACAUCGUCAGCUGACAUUCGCGUUGCCCUCCUAGCUGACGCACAUCUGAUCGGACCGCAAUACAAAUGCUGCUCCGAGUCAAACGAUGUGGACAACGACUCCAUAAUGAAGACUGUGGACCGGUUACAGGAAGCCCAACGACAAAUCAAUUCCCUGUCGCCCUCUCCCUCCGCUGUGGUGUUUCUGGGCGACGUGAUCCACAACGGCUAUUACUCCCACGACUUUAACUGGUACCUGGCCAACCGUAACGCCUACACGGUUGGCAGUGAGGUCUUCCAGCACUUCUCCGCACCCGUUCACUUCCUCUGGGGCAACCAUGACUACCAUACGGUAUGCGGCAACAGCACCGCCUCACACGACCGAGCGGGCCUCAGCCACCGGCUGUUCCGGCACUUCCUGGGCCCCACCGCGCUGCCGUACAGCUCCCGGAGGCUGGGCCGCUACCUGCUGAUCUUCCUCAACGCCAUGCUGGGUCCCUCCUGGGACUCUGCCCACCCGCGCUGCGACACGUCUCAGGCCAGUCUGGGUGCUGAGCAGCUGGCCUGGCUGCGGCGGCAGCUGGCGGGGGGGGCACCCGCGUUCGUGUUCCUGCACCGCCCGCUGCCGGCCACCAUGCGCAAUGAGGCCCCCGCACUGGCUCCCCUGUCUGACGUGCUGUCGGUGCUGCUGGCGCACCGGAGCAGUGUGAUGGCGGUGUUCUCGGGACACUACCACAGGGGCCUCAACUGGAGCAGCGCCUACCCCUUCCCGCACAUCACGCUGCCCGCCUGCCGAUACGACCACGACAACUGGUUCCUGCUCAGCCUGCCGCAGCGGGGGCCGAUAAGGUCCUGGCGGCUGCUGGACUGGGCCAAGAACAAGGGCGGCGCUCGCUGCUCCGAAACCUGGACCUACCCUGCCACUUCUGCUACCAUCGCCACCACCUCCGCCACCACCCAGCAAGGGAGCGAGCAGCAGGGACACGAGCCGGGCCCUGUGCAGCCUCAACCCCCAGAAACGGGCAGCUGCGGCAGCCCUACUCUGGCGGAGGUGGGGACCGUGGAGCUACCGGCGCUGCAGGAUGCCUCCGAGGUGCCCGGACCCACGGGUCACCAGUUCAACCCCGAGCCGCCCUGCUGCCUGACCUACCAGCGGGCCUUCCUGCAGCGCUGCCUGGAUGAGGGCCCCACCGCCGCCUGCUGCUCCAUCCUGGGCCAGCACCUGAGACCCAGCUCCGCAGCGUACGGCGCCUCCUGCAUGUGCUGGCCGCCCUUCUGGAAGCAGGCACACGAGACCUUUCACGAGGUGGGUCGCAACCUGAGCCAGGUGCUGGAUGCCUGUGUGGCGAAUCACGGCUGGUCGCUGCAGUGGGCUGGCAGGCCGGGGGGCGCGUGCUUGAAGCCGGGGAGCUGGGAACUGCCGCCGCCACCACCGCCCUUGGAUGCUGCUGGUGCUGCUGCUGCUGCUGGUGAUGAUAACGGGGCUUGACAUGCGUGCACCCAUGCCUAAGCAAGCAACCUGCACACCGCAUGCCUUGGACGUAGCGUGCCUGCUGCCGGCACCUGUACGCCUGCAACACGGUACCUGUGUGGGUUUGGUGGGGUGCGUUGUGGUGGCGUAAGUGUGAGGGUGUUGUGUGAGGAGGAGGGUGUGGAAGGGAGUGUGAAGUAACGCGGCCGACAUGCGUUUGGAAGCGCGGGUCAGGUUAAGGUAGCGGAGGGGGUUGCCGCCGGGAGAGGGGCGCAUGGCUGGACCAGCAUCCCCUCAGUGGUGUCAUGAGUGGUGGCGCGGUGGGUGAAGCGGGCGGGAACGGGACAGGGAGGCACGUAGGAACCAAGACGCUGACGCGAGCUAGUAAGCACGCGCCGAAUUGUGGACUUGCAUGCCUUCCUAAGCCGCAGUGCAUAAUCGUGCAAUCUUGUAUCUCUGUGUAGAAGAAUUUCCUACCUUGAAAAGGGGCCGAGAGAGUCGAGAAAGGAAUGGGAGGCGACCGAAUGUCGUAGAUCCGAGGUUGCACGGCAUUAUGAACCUAACCUCCGGCACCCGAACGGCAUCCGAGCACCAAAACAUCUAUAAAUUAAUUUCCCAAUUUUGCUUAUUUUCAAAUCAAAAUCAAUGUAACAGUCCUC